GCCCCGAGAGCGCAGUGUCGCGUCGAACCUCUCGCAGAGCGCGUCGCACGUCCGAGUACCGGCCGCCGCCCGUCAUCAGUAGUCGCCGUACCGCGCAGCCACGUAACCUCUCACCUUCUCCUUAGUUUUUAGUAGUCAGUAGUAGGGGAGAGUGUGGAAAGAAAGAGGAGAGAGAGAGAGAGAGAGAGAGAGAGUGAGAAAGAGAGGGAGAGAAAGUGAAAGAAGGAAAAAACAGAAGAGGAACAACGAGAAACCGAUUGAGAAAAAGGGAGAAACGAGAGGUCGACAGCCCGGUUUUUCAUCGUUGUGAUCUGUACUCCUUGUUGCCGUCGUUGCCGACGUCGUCGUCGUCGUCGUCGUCGUCGUCGUCGUCGUCGUCGUCGCUAUCGCCGUCGCCACCACCGUCGUCGUUGUCGUGGUCGCCGUCGUCGUGAUCCGGCUCGACGCGACCAACGCGGUUAUUCCGUCGACUCGUUAAAAAAAAAAUUUGUUUUAAAAGUGCGAGCGUGAAACGUACGCGCGUACGUUUCCGACACGUACCACCGUCCUCAUCGUCGACAAUCGUGCAGAAGCUCGUUGUCGUGUGUUGUCUCGCGCGAUAACCAGUAUACGCGCACCCUCCGAAAGCGGCAAGUAGAUUCGGACAACGAGGGAAGCGUACAGGGGUGAGAGAGAGAGAGAGAUAUAUAGAUAGAUAGAUAGAGAUAGAAAGAGACAGGUGAACAACAGAGGAGAAGAGGCGCGAGAGUAGUUUUUCAAGGGACAAGGAUCAACGGGGAAACCGUGAGCGUAAAAGUUGCGUGAAAGUGCGUGUCGUGACAUUGGAAGCGUUGACACCAGUAUCGAGACGUUGUUUGCCAUCGACAAGUGAAACGGAGCGUCGUUCGUCCGACGACAAGAUCAAAGGCGGAAGAGCGAGUACCAAGACGGCUAUCGGCGAGAUCGGCGAGAUCGGCUAUCAUUGCCACUAGCACUAGUGUUAGCAUUGCUACUGCAAUCCCGAACACGCGAGGGAGCGUUGCCAUAACAACGAGCCGUGCGCCGCGCGUCGCUAUGGAGCCCCAAAACCAGGAAAUCGUAGCGAGCGGCUCGCCAGCCGAGGUGCCGAAUGAUCCAGGGAAAAUGUUCAUCGGUGGUCUAUCUUGGCAGACCAGUCCAGAGAGCCUCAGGGAGUACUUCACCAAGUAUGGGGACAUCACAGAAGUCAUGGUCAUGAAAGAUCCCACCACGCGACGAUCAAGGGGCUUUGGAUUCAUCACGUUCGCAGAUCCCGCGAGUGUGGACAAAGUGCUGGCACAGGGUAAUCACGAGUUAGACGGCAAGAAAAUCGACCCGAAGGUAGCGUUUCCCAGGAGAACACACCCAAAGAUGGUGACGAGGACAAAGAAGAUAUUCGUCGGUGGACUAUCGGCACCGACGACGCUGGAGGACGUCAAAAACUACUUCGAACAGUUCGGCCCGAUCGAGGAUGCCAUGCUGAUGUUCGACAAGCAGACCAACAGGCACAGAGGCUUCGGCUUCGUCACGUUUCAAAGCGAGGACGUGGUCGACAAAGUCUGCGAGAUUCAUUUCCACGAAAUCAACAAUAAAAUGGUCGAGUGCAAGAAAGCACAGCCGAAGGAAGUGAUGCUCCCGACGAACCUGGCGAAGACGCGAGCGGCCAACAGAGGCGCAUACGAUUUUAUGUGGUCCCUGGCAGGAUUACCCGAUGGUUUCCCAGCGGCGGCGUACACGGCAUACGCGGCAAGCCGCGGCUAUUCUGGGUACCCUAGUUUCGGACUGCCCUACCCGACAGGAGUGCCGGCAGUGUACUACCACGGAACCGGAAGUGAGAACGCAAGCCGCGCGUAUACGGAGACACCGAUGCAACACGUCCAACGGGCUGCACUCCGGAAGAAAUUGGAUCUAACGAACGGACAGCUCACCCCCAACAACAACACGCCCUUGCUCACGCAAGCACUUUCUGUGAUGAACAACUACCAGGCGGCCGCAGCGCAGGCCGGAUUUCCGCCGGCGUCGCCGCACGCGGCCGGCGGCCAUGGUGGGCCACAGGGCCGAUCUUUUCCUGCGGCCAACUCGCCGGGCCCCAUCGACAUGUAUAGUUCAAGUGCCGCAGCCGCAGCAGCAGCUGCAGCCGCUGACUCCGCAGUCGCCAGCUACGUCCAGGCCGCAGCUAGCCCGCAGCCCCCUACGACCGCGUUCCCUGCGAUCGCCGUGUCCCGUGCCCCGCUCAACUACAGUCCCGGUCCUCUAAUACCAGCGGCGUUCACUAAUGGCUACCAUUGAGCCUUGUUAAGACCUAAUAACAGGAUGGACGAGAGGGCAGAGCGCAGCACGGUCGACUGACGGUACAAUGAACGAUGUAUAUGCCUUGGACAAAUUUUGCACGAUGAACGAUCUCUGGACAGAAGAGGAUGACCAUCACGUACCUUACCAUCAUCGGGCGAAAGGGAUCGUGUUUAGGUAGAAGAAUAAUGGUUUUCAUCGGUAGAGCUUGCGGAUGCGACCGAUCAUAGUCAACGAUGUAACCGAUCAAGAAAAAGUAACACGAUCUUCAAACGAUUCAAACGACAAAAUCAAAGACGAAGGCAGUUUGACAGGGAAAAAUGAAAAAAAAUAAAAAAAAAUAAAAAAAUAAAAAAUAAAAUAGGGAAGCACAAAGAGAAGAGGAGUAAAAGAAUAGAAAGAAUACGAAGAAGGUAAAAAUUGUACAUCCGAUACGCGUCCAGAAAGCUUGCGAGGUAAACAAAAAUGGCGGAUAGUGAGAGAGAAUGUAAGAGAAAUUUCGAAGGGCAGAAGCUGCGUACAGCUAGAUACGGCCGAAACUGCGUAUUGAUGCCCGUUCUCCGACAUUAAUAAAAAAUAAUCUAAUAAUAAUGAAUUAAAUUAAUAUUAUUAAUUGCUAAAUAAUUAAGCGACUAAGUCUAGAAUAUAAAAAUAUUAUAUAUAAAAUAUAAAUAUAUAUAUAUAUAAAUAAUUGAUAAAAUAUUAGACGAUAACGUAUGAUCUUUAGUAUUUAAGAGACAGACGAACGCAGAGGAAGAAACACCAACCUACACACGAUUAUUAUGAUUACUGGUUAUUAUAUAUAUAUAUAUAUAUAUAUAUAUAUAAAACAUUAUGAGGAUUCUAAUGAUUAAUAACAAAAGCAAAAAACAAACUGAUGGAUGCAGUGAGUGCGCGAUGCAAGUACGAGCGCGUUCACUCAAUAUACAUAUAUAUAUAUAAAUAUAAAUAUAAAUAUAAAUAUAAAUAUAAAUAUAAAUGCAAAUAUAAAUACAAAUAUAAAUAUGAAUAUAAAUAAUAAAAAAACAAUAUAAUUAUUAGACGCGUACACGUUCGCACCCGGGAAGAGAAGGCGAAUCUGUCUGAGGAUUUUUUAGUUUCUAAGCAUGCGUGGAAACGGGGAAGAAGCGUUAGAGAUUUUUUCCGAGUAAUGUGGCGAGUCGCGAAUUGCAUGUCGCGAGUCGACUGCAACAGGGGAGUUGAAACCCUGAUGUGUAAAGGGCGGUUGGGUGGGAUUAGGAGAAGAUGAUGAGGGCACUAUGCAUGCCAGAGUGGCUUCGCCCUUUUUUCCACCCCUUUCUUUUCUUCCUUUCUUUUUUGCGCGCGCGCGCGCGCGUGUACGCCACUUGUCAGCGUGCUCUUUGCCGACUGAAUGCCGGAAUGGCACUUCUUUCUCGCCCCGGCGUCGUCGAACCACUUUUCCCCUUUUUCCCGGGUGCGCAACGUGGAAGUGACGCGAGGAGACGAACGAAGAGGGAGGAGAGCGAGGCUACGCAUAUAGACGUAGACGGACGCGUGUUGCACGGAUGACGCGAAACUGUUUGCAUUGCUUGUCGCACGAGGAACAAACAGAAAGACGCGAAACUUCGAGACCAGAUCGGCGAAGAUCCGUUUGCGAUUCGCUUUCGAGACGAUACACACGUAUGAUCGGUGAUAAGGAAAGGCAAGCCAUGGUCAUCGAAACGGAGAGAUUUUUAAUUAGAUUCACAGGGUCGCGAGACGGGGAUCGAGCAAGUGUCCCGAGCGUUUUAUCGUCGAAAGUCUGGCCUCGUUCGAUGCCGAACCGAUGACCGUUGAAUUUCAUCGGCUAUUGUAUAGCUGUCCAAUCGAUUACUUGCAUUAACCACGGUACAUAUAUACAUAUUACCCUUACACGAAUUAUUGUAUCAUUGAUUUACCAUAACGGCGUAUAUGCAUGAUCCUAUGGAGGAGUCAGCCGGAUAUGACCCGACGUUCAUCGACACGCAUUUCGUACACGUUCACCGUAUAAUACAACACCGCCAGACACACGAAAAAAAAUCACACGCACGUACACGUGCAACGUGUACAUAAUACACUGUCACACACGUUUUAGACGCCUAAAACGAUCGCACGCUUUCACACGCGUCGGCGGCUUUUUAAACGAAUUACCUACACGAACAGGAACAGAGAACACAGAACCGCGGGUGAGGGAACCAUAGGUAAACUAUGAAGUUACGCGAAACAAGAUACAUUAAAAGGAUAAGGAAAAGUAUAUUAAAUACAUACAUAAUAAAUGUGUAUGCAAUUAUUAUACCGUGCGUCCGCAUAUGUACAGAGCGUUAGUUAACGGCGAGAUCGCGUAUCGCCAAUUAAAUGCGCCCAGUGCGUGAGUCAAAGCGGAAACGAGAGGAGCACGUUUACAGAAAAUAAAAAUGAACGGUACUCCGACACGAAGCGAGAUUUUGUGCGUCUGUUAUCCGGAUGUGUGAGAGAACGGGAGGGAGAGAGACAUGUGUGUGCGAGAGAAAGAGAAAGAGAGAGAGAGAGAGAGUUUAUUUAAGACACAUUUAGGAUUUACUAAACACCGGUCAUCUUAAAAUGCCAUUUCGCGACAAAACAAAUAAAAAAAUGGUAAAUUUUAAGCGGGGCUAGCGAGGAAAGACGUAGACGUGAGAGAAACAUUAUAUCGUGUAACGUAGCCUUAAUCGCGGAACGACUGGACACCAAAUUCUUGCGUUCUUUCGCGCUUCGAGUAUUCGUUAAUUGGACGAGCUAACGGCGAGAAUGAUUAUUCGUCAUUGAUUUAGGUUUAGCGUACCGUGAAGUUUUUAAAUAUCGUACGGGAAACAGGGAGUCAUGGUCCGUUGCUCUUUCUUGCUAAAAAUAUUUUUAUUAGACUUUGUAGCCGUCGGAGGGCAGUUUCGAUUUAGAGACGUCGCGACGCCGGAACCCUCCUGAUUCCGGACGAGAACAAGAUACCGUCGAAGCGCGUUACCAAUCUCGCGUACCGAUUCGUACAUUUUGUUGAUCAAUCCCGUUCCCUACGAUACUAUUAUUAUUGUUAUUCAAUUCACCAAGUGAGAAUCAACGAGCGAUUAAUUAUAAUUACGAAACGACGGUUACACGUGCGACAAUUCUAGUACGGUUAUUAUUGUAUUCAACAACAGGGUAAACAAACAAAAAAAAAAAAAGGGAUGACCUUUAAUUGGGACGCGUGUCACGUCGAACGGCGGCCAUUUUGUUUUCCUGUGCGCGGGUGUGCGUGCACGCAAAUGAAAAAAAAUACCAAAAAGCUAAAAAAAAAAAUACUGAAGAUGAAAUGAACGAAUGAAACCGAAUAAAUAAAUGAGUCAAUUCUUACGAACGUUAGCAAUACAUCGUCAUGACCAUAAAGGAUUAAAUGGCAAAUAAUGAUCGAAGAACAAAAGAAAAUAAUAUAUAACGAUUAAAUUAUAGCGCGAAUAAACUAUGUACUUUUAAGUUGAUGACCCGUACGUGCACGGCGAGUGAUCUCGUUCGUUUUGGAAAUGUUGAAAGGAAAAGAAAAAUGAGAAUGAAGAAUCACCAACCCCGGAUGUGGGAACGAAUGGUGGAACGAACUGCGGUCGCGUGUGUUUCCGAUGCUGCGAUGCCGAUUUCUUGCAAGCGAAACAAAAUGGUAGCUGCUUCGUUACGCCCCAGAAUUAACGGUAAACGCGUGUAAAAAAAAGAAAAAGAAAAAUUGUGUACGUAUCGGACCAAAGGUUGAUACAUUGGGGGAUAAUUCGAGUAACAGGAAAAAAAUCGUGUGACGCGAUAAAGAUUGAAUUUCUAUUAGUUGAUCGUACACCACAUAAGCUACUGCUGUUUAAACGAAUUAAAUUUCUAUCUUCUGAUCUUUUUUGAUAUUCAACAAUUGCGUGGAUUUCAUAAGAUGAAGGCUACUUUUCAGAUGAAAUAACAAAUGAUAAACGCGCAGUCAAUUCAGUAGCUUCUUGAAGAUCUUUCGUUACGUUCGACGAACUAAUGAGUUGGGCAAACCGUGAAUAGCCGUGAGAAACGCUUCCAAAACCGCGCUAAUUGUUCAAAUAGACAAAGAGUUGGAUUCAACGCGAAGGAAAAUAAUAGCCAGGAAACACAUAGACGAGGAUGUAACACCAGCUCAAAGAACGUAAUGUAUAAUGAAAUUCGUCGUACGUAGGAUUAAGGGACGCUGACGCGCGAGAUCGCAACAGAACAGCAAAAUAGAAAACAUAUGCAGAAAAUAGGAACGGAGAAGACAAAGUUUUUAAGUAUAUAAGUUGUAACUUUUCGCAGUUAGGAUGAACGAGGUUUGUUGAAAGAAUUCUGAGUUCCUAACGACGAUUUCACCUUUCCUUUAAUUAUUAAAAAUAAUCAUCUCUGUUGAGAUUAAUAGUUUCGGUUGACGUUGAAUGUUAUUGUUACAGCGUGAAUAAUAAUCGAAUGUGAUACAUAAUGUUUUAUAGUUACUUCUCUGCAAUUAUUUAUUCUUGAAAUUGCUUGAUCGAUGCAGAAGAUAUGGUGACAGGAACUCGGGCGACUUUCAACAAGGAGGAUCCUCUGAAUCAGAGUUAUAUAUAAAUCUAUAAAUAUAUAUUCGAAAGAGAUCUACGAUCAAUUAUUAAUUAGAACAAAAAACGAAAUAAAUGAAUACUGCGAUCAAUAUACACGUGAGCUAACGCAAAAGUGAACAAAAUAGAAAUGAAAAAGUUAAGGGGUGUCGCGAGACUAUAUAGGGAGGGAAGAGAAAAAGGAGACAAGAGCAAACAAAAUAUAUGCGAGUGCAGUCCACGCGUUUAUAUUUAUAAAUAUAAAAAAAAAAAUACAUUAAUAUUGAAAUAUUACGUCUAUAUAAAAAAUAUACAUAUUGAAUAAUUAAAAAAAAGGCAAGAAAUAUAUUACAACUAUAUAAAUAUAUAUAUAUAUAAAAUUAAUUAAGAUAACAAACACACAAAAUAAAAAAUAUGAGGAUUAUGGAAGAUGAACAAAUAUUAUAUUGAGACAUUGUUUUAUGCAUUUGUAUGUAUAUAUAGUUAUUGAUGUUUUAAAAGCUAAUAUACUAUUGUACUGAACAAUUUUUCGAUGAUCAUCACCGAUCGUGAGGGAAAAACUGAGCGGUUAGGGGGUUGUGCAAACCGGGGUGGGUGAGGGUAGAACAAGGGUUGGUACGUAGGUAGGACUCGAAGAAAGAAGGGAAAAAAAGAAAUAAAAUGCGAUCGGGACGAGCUCGUUGUGCGAUGCAGUCCAGUCUUCGUUUCCUUCUUUUUGCGAUGCUUUUUCGUUUUUUACAAGGGAGACAUUUUUUCACCCCCCGACGAAUGAAUUUCAAUAAAGGGGGAUAAAUACAAAAGUUUUCGAAAGCGUCGCACGCUCAUCGACCGAGCUCGAUCACUCGUCGCGCAAUUUACAUGCUCACACUUCCACAUUGUACACUUCUAAUGGACACACGUACAGACACCAUACACUUGUGUAUAUAUAUAUAUGUAUACACAAAUAUAAAUAUAGAUAUAAAUAUGAAUAUAAAUAUAAAUAUACACGCGUAUAAGUAAUAAGUAAUAAUUACGAUAACCGAAAAAAAAAAAUAUAUAUAUAUAUAUAUAUAUUAAUACAGCGCGGAGAGAUUAGGAGAAAGGAAAUGGAGGUCAUAUUGUAAAGAGAGUGCGAGGAAGAUGUUAAUCAAGUAAGUCAUCGAUUAUUGUCAUUCCGUGAUUGAACGGUGAAAUGAGAUUAGAAUCACACGAACAAACAGAGAUCCCUCACAAUGAUUAAAUAAUAAUAUAAGGUACGACACAUACGUAUACAAAAAAGACAAGUGAAGAUGCAGUAAAAAUAGCAGCCAUUUAACGAUACUUAAAGCACUCGAGGUGCGAGUUAACCAGUCAUUUAUUCAUAUUCAUUUUGUUGUUGUUGCUCCUUAUUGUCACGGAUGCAACUCCAAAUUGUCGAUCCUACGACUUUUCGUAAAGAAUAAAGCAAUAUCGAGUAAUAAUUUAACGACGAGACCCGUCGCGAGCGAUACGACUCGACAAAAUCAAGCGCGUUUGAACCGCGGCACGCAUCGGAAAGAUGUAAAACUAUGAGAAAAUGAUACGAACAUAACAUUAUUUAAAGUUCGAUAUGUUCACGCUUGAAUUCAAACAGCAAUAGUCGCGUACAAGGUCUCGUUCAUCAUUUUUGGAACAAUGUUCAGUCUUGUAUUAGUGUUAACGAUUAAACAGUUCCAUGUUUGGAACCGACUAGAGUGGCCCAAUCGAUUGAAACUUUAGAUUUUACGAGCAUCGUUUUUAAUUCUAUCACCAUUCGAGUAACACUAUUGUAUCGCAUACAUACACACGUGCGCGCACACACAGAAAGACAUUUCUCUAUUAUAAGUUUUCUUACGAUACAACGAGAACAAUUGUACACUUCACAACCGAGCGAACUCGUCCGAAUAUUAAGUACAGGAUCAAGAACACAUCGGUAUACGUACACAAAUGAAACGGAACGAACGAUUAAGAGAAGAGAAUUUUCCAAAGAAAUCCGAAGAAAAAAAAAAGAAAAAUAGGAAAACGAAUCAAUUUCACUUUCGUCUCACGGAUUCGUCGAUAUCGAUCCUUCGAUAACUUUCUACGCACCCUCUAUUUCUUGACUGCUGAUAUGUUUCCUAGAACGGCUAGUUUAGCGUAUAUUCGCUGUGCGACACGAAUCUGCGCGUUUCGUUUUUGGUUUCCUCAACUAAAAGCUGACAGGAGCACGCGACGAUGCGUUCUAUCUUUACGCGGAACAGAGGAAACGCGGACGCGAUGCCACGAUAUUCGAAAAAUAAAAUUAAAAAGAAAAAAGAAGAAGAAGAAGAAGAAGAAGAAAAAAAGGAAUCCCCGUCGCUCUGUGCGCCAUUUGAAUGGAUCGAGAGCGAGAGAAAUUGAGAGUAAAAGAGCAUUAGAGAACGAGAGAGAGGGAGUGAGUGGAAUGAACUCGCAGAAGUCCGUAGAUAGAUAGACAAUUUUUCGAAACAACGUUUUCGUGCGUACGAGAAGAUCGUCGUUGCGACCCUGCACCUGAUGUCUGAGCGCUUUUCUCUUCGAGGGUGGCUAGAAUUUGCUGGUACUACCUUUUCGGUGUUUCGAUGAAUUUUUAGCUGUUUCUAACGGCCUUGCGAAUUGGCGGCACAGAAAGAAAAGCGCUCGAACGUGGUGUACGAUUCGAUCGAUCCAGUUUCGAGUCAGUUGUAAUAUAAUUGAUCGAUCGUGAUCGUUAUUUCAUGUGGUACGUCGCAGCUAUGUUUUAUAGGGUGAACUUAUCCUACCUAGGAGUUAUUUUUAUUCACGCGUCACGGGAACACGUGGGCUACCAGAGCUCGUUUAUUAUCAUUAUUACAAAUGGUUAUUAUUGAUAUUAUUCUAUUUUUUGUUUUCUCUUUUCUGUUGCUCUAUAUUAUAACGAUUAUUAUAGUUAUUAUCGUGGAUCAUUAUUAUUACGAGUUAUCGUCGGCUAGUAUUAUUGUAAUCUCGUCCUUCUGCCAUUUUUCCAUUUGUCACAAUGCAAUAACCUGCUGUGUUACAAAUACAAUCCGUCGUUGUAUUUGAGGUGAUCGUUUCGUUUCUUCAGGUUUCUAAACGCGACACGAGGAUAUCGUGUUGGCUCGUCCAAAAAAACAAAAAAAUGAAUGCCAAUGAGAGUAAUUCUGUUGCCAGUGUUAAAAUAUGCAGAGCCAUCGAAUAAGAAUAAAUAGAAUUUUAAGUAGAAGCAUCGUGAUUUACAUUACACUCGGUUUUAGACAAUUAAAAUGGACGGUCCGUACUCGAUUUCUUCGUGCUGCAGCUUAACGAAAUGUGAACAUAACCCCAUACAUAUAUGUAUAUAUUAUAUACAUAUUAUAUACGUAAGCGCACGCAAAGCAUAAACAUUAUGAUAAGUAUAUAAUCAUGUAAUUAUACGUGCACACGUUUGAACGAACAGACACACUGUAAUCUGUUAAAUAUUCUUCCUGCGUGCAGAAAUGGGUCAAAUAGCCACGAGCUUCGAUGAAGUUUCGCUUUAAACAUCGUCUAGCGAAGUUUUUGCUCUUUCCAUUUUAAUAUCUGUACCAAAUUUUCAAUCGAUCGAACUUGAAUUUUAUCAAUCUUAAAUAUCAGUAAAAAUGUUUCAAUUCAAAUUGGUUAUUAUUUUUAACAUUUCAUUGUUGGCGUGUUAGAUUUUUUACAUGGGUCAGUCGAAUCGCUUACCGAACAAGCAAUUUCAAUAAUACUAAAUUUGUAAUUUUCUUCCUACUAUUUCUACAUUUUUCGCGUCUUAUCGCGUUCAUUUACAAAACGAUCACACGAUGUUCCUCGGUGAUAUUCUUCGUACAAGCCAUUAUGUCAUCGUUCCAGUUUUAUUGCAAAUGUUCGGUACCUGUUCGUGCAACUCGUAAAAUAAAACUCGAUAGCGACUGUUAGGUAAACGCUUCGUAUCCCUUUCUCGAUCGCUUUUCGGUUCAAUUCGCCGUCCCAUCGUGAGUAUGUUCAAAUCGGUCAAGCAAAAGUUGUUACGUUUCUAGAACGGUGAUACCGGUCGACAGAUAACACGGUAAUUGUCAUCGAAAUUGCGAAUCCUCGAGAACCUCUUAUCAAUGGUGGCAAGUGAUAAGGGAAACGAUUCUUUCGUUUUUCUUGUUUGCGUUCCGAUUCUUCGCAAAUCGAGAUCUAAAAAUUCUUCGCUAUCAGAUCUAAAAAUCGUUUCGUAGCUUAGCGUUUCUGUUCAUUUUUCAUCGAAUAAUCUAAUUAUCGAAGCUGCGUUAAUUUGAUUAAAUACACUAACUAUCGUGCACUCGAGCAUACCGAUACACAGGCACAUCUUCAUUCGUCCUUUCUGUAAAGUCUGUGAACCAAGUCUGAAAAGAAACUUUCGUUGAUUCGAAACUUUUAGAGACGUUCGCUUUCUACUGUUCGUAGUGGUCCUUACCUUUUGUGAUAAUAUGUUUCGUUGUUGUCGCGAGGAAUAACCGGGAACACCGAGUGUUCUGUUUUACACAACGUUUUACGAAUUCCGGGGGUUGCGGUUAUUUGUGUUUUGUAACACGGAGUACGAAGAAAGGGUUUUUUAAAAUAUCUUUUACGACACCUCGCGAGACACCCAAGCAAAGGCGGCAAAGCGUGAAAGAACGAAGGGAAGCUCGGCGGUAUGGUACAGCUUGCAAUGAGGAAACUUGCAAUAUAACAAGCAAUAAAUAAAUCACUUUUCAUUCUAUGUAUAUUAAACAAUUAUGUGGAUGCUUAAACGAGAUUUAUUGAAUUAAACGUGCAAAGCCAUGGAGUUAAGACGAGAUACCGAUUUUACAUAUUCUUACUAAUCGUAUAAACGACUACAAUACGUAUAGCAACAUAAUAAAUUAUACGAUUAUGUAUCGAUUGAGGGAAAAAAAUGAGCAGAUAAAAAAAAUGGUAAAUAAGUAAUUAUUAACAAACAAAAAAAAAAAAAAUGAUAAAAAAGUGGGAGAAGAUGAACGGCUGCGGGCGAGUCAUCGCCGGCAGACGUUAAUGUCUAAUCUGCAUAAGUACGUAAAGGUUUCAAUUUUACACUACCGAUAAUAAUGAUGUAACGGUAAGGCUCUAUAUAAGAUAUAAUGAUAAUUUAUAAUAAUUAUAACGUUGUACAGAAUAUUUAUGAAAGGCGCGCUGCUGGCGAAAGAGCCGCGCGUUUUCGUGUCGCGAACGCGAAACGGAAGGUGAGAAAUAAUGAAAAGACGUACGAACAAAUGAAUAGAGAAAUAAGAGAGUGUGUUUGCCUAUCGCGUAAUCAAUAAAUUGUUUAAAUUAAUCGUGAUUCGAAAUUGUCAAAGAAACAAAGAAUUUUCAUUGCAACCUUGGCUCAGCAAGCAACGCGCGACUCUCUAUCCAAAAGCCGCCAGACUAUAAUGGAUGUUUUGUAAGAUAAAGCAAAACGAUCACGGAUUGUACCGAGAUCGCGUUCAGAGAAAUGUAUAGUCGAUUGCGUAUUCGAGAUUGUUCGAAUUAACUCGACGACGCCUUUCUCGAUGGAGGUAAACAAAAAAAAAGUGAGAAAAGUAACAAAAAAAAAA